AUGGCAACCACGACACUGUUCAUCGCUAUUCUCUUUCUCUUCACACUCUCCUUCACCACAACCGUUAGAUCCGACUCCGACGAUGAUUGCGUCUACACGGUCUACGUUCGAACCGGUUCGGUUUUAAAAGGAGGAACCGACUCGAAGAUCGGAAUCAAACUAUACGACAAAUUCGGUUACUACAUCUACAUCAAGAACCUCGUUCCAUGGGGCGGGUUAAUGGGUUCGGGUUACAACUACUUCGAACGCGGUAACCUCGAUAUCUUCAGCGGAAGAGGGCCUUGCUUAGACGGACCCGUUUGUGCCGUUAACGUAACGUCUGCCGGUGACGGUGCACAUCACGGUUGGUACUGUAACUAUGUGGAAGUUACUACUACUGGGCCCCACGUAUCGUGUUCGCAGGAGCAGUUCACGGUGGAGCAGUGGCUCGCGACGGAUACCAGUCCGUAUCAGCUGUGGGCCGUAAAGAAUCUUUGUAGUUAUAAGUUGGAUCAAGCCCGGCCCAGAAUCGGUUCAUCUGAUCACGAUAAAAUCGGAUCUGAGUUUUCUAUUUUGAAUGCUGGCGCGUGA